UUCGAACAGUUCAUUAUUAUCUCUCUCCCUGGCGCGCGCGGUUUUUUUCGGUUCUCGAUUUCGUUUGUUUCCCGCCGUCGACAUCCACAUUUACGUUUUCCGGCGAGUUGUUCACUGCAUUUCUUUUCUUUGUGGCCGACGGGUUGUUCCAUGGCUUGGUGCGAAGGCGUUGAGGAAACUCGUAUCCUCAUUGCUCCUGGUAGGUGUCGUCUCGCUUGAUCGUUGGAUUUUUGAGAAGAGAUGUGGAUGAUAGCCAUAGUUACGAUCGUGUGUGUUCCCGUAGUACGUUUUCCCCCCUAAAAGUUUCCUGACUGACUGUAAACGCUUGAUUGAUACCAUCAUAUGGUACUUGGAACUGAAAGAUCGUAGAUCAUGGGGUCAAAGAAAAUGUUACUGGAUGCUUUCUUUCACUUCGCCAUCCAAAAUCAGGAAACCCAACAUGUUUCCUAUAUGUAAAUGAGAUGUUAGAGGAAAUUCACUGGUUUAAGCAGUCAUAUUCAUCGUGGUUUUUGGGAGACUAUGUUGCUGAAGAUGGCCGUCUGUAUUCUGCCACUCCAGUAGAUCCUGUAUUCAUUUUCUUGCCCAUUUUUGAGGAAGCUAGAAUGAAGAAGGGGGAUGAUCUUGGGAAAUUCAGGCAGUUAGAUGACAUAAUGUUCAUCAAUGGGUAUCCUGGAUAUCUGCAUUUACUGCCCCUUGCAGAGAAGUUUAUGCAAGUAGUUUGUGAGGUCAAAGAAGUUGGAUCAUCUAGGUUUUUUAGGCUCGAUGAUUCAAAGGUAUUGGCAUGGUUAUAUCACAAGGUAUGCCAACUAAAAAGAACUCUAUGCACACUGGAUAAAAACUAUGCUGCAAGGGAAGAAAAAGAAACAUUAUGCGACGCCGUUUCAAUUUUAGGGGAAUACUUGAAGGAUCAACCUUGGUUGAAGCUUUUAUGUGACCAUCUCAAGUUAAAUUUUGCUGAAGCAACCAGAAAAGCAUCGGAUUCAGAAAGGGCUCCUACUAGUAUAGAGAACAAUUUUGAUUCUAUCUCACAGGAUAAGAGUGGGAGUAGAAGUGGGAGUGGCGCAAAGAAUACAAGAAAUGGAAAGCAAGCCAAGAAGCCUAAGGUGGAGACAGAAUCACGGAACAUCAAGGACAUGUUUUCAAAGGCCGCAAAAAGAAAAAGAUGAAGCAUUUGAGAUAUGCGAUGAUUUAAAAGCCAGCAAAUUAGAUCCUCACUCUCUCAUUUGUGCCACAGCAAGUCAAUUUGGUAAAAACAUUAACUUACGCCUACACAUGCAAUGCCUCUCCUUUUACUUUCUUAUCAAAUAGAAGAAAAGUGAUUCUCACUUUACGUAUAUAGGUAAAUGAGGCAAUCCAUGGAUGGAAUGGUAUACUUAUCCAACUUACUAAAGGCAAAACUUUUAGGACUAUUUGUUUCUUUUAGCCAUUUGAAAAUAUGUUUUUGAUACCAUCUUCUACU